UCAGGGCAGGAUCGUGCGCAUAGACUGCAGCUCCUCGCCUCUCUCCCCCUGCCGCCCGAGACACGCACCUCCUAACAAGAAAACCCCAGUUUACCGAUAAUGGAUGUUACAACUUGAUGAUCCUCCUUCAGUCGGCUGGUGUCGGGAAUAAAAGCAGUCGGUGUGCCGACAGGACGAAGUGGUGUAUCGCCACACUGCAGUGCAGCACUGUUGAACGACCUUAUUCCAAUCACGCAACACAAGGAAGAGCGCCGGUAAUUUCCGUGGAUUUUGAGUUUUGUGGGCUGCUCUGCGGCCGCAGGAGGAUAAGCUAACGAGCUAGCUUUGCUUCGAAAGAAACACUGAAUUAGCUUGCUACAUGGGCUAAUAUUGACCAGCCAGUUAGCUAGCGCAACAGAUUAAUUCGUGUUUCUCACCUUCCAUGUGAUCAUUUUACAUGGUGCUGCUUUUAUUUUUUGGACAUACUACCUUGGAUAUCUCGCUGGGAACAUUUCGAGUUGUUUUGUGUGAGUUGGGAAGGUCGAGACCUCGCCGGGAAUAACUUUGGCCUGAAAGUUUGUAGACCUCGGACCUGGUUUCAGACCUGAGAGGAAACAUCUCAGACACAAAAAGAGAAAAACAGGCGUCGACACUGCGUUAUGAAAACGACGCUAGAUAAACAUUUGUUGUAGAUUUCCGCGACAGUCAGGGCUAGUUAGUUAGCAACAUUACAGGUUAGCAUGCUAGCCACCUAAUUGAACCUUGUCUUGUUCAAUACAACCAACUUUUCUUCAAGCUAGCCCAAGUAGCUAGCUGGACAAAACGUCAGAGCAUCAGCUCGGUAGCUCCCUGGUCACCGUCGACACUGAUAAAUGCCACUUGGGAAUUGAAUGUCGUCACACCAAGACCGAAACUAAAUAAUACAUCUUCUUUUCCGUUUUAUUCUUGUUGACAAACAUGGGACGUGCGGUUGCUGCUAGCUAGUUUCCAGCUAGCUGGCUAACUCGGCUAGCCGCUGAUGUGGGAUUCAACUUGUUGAUUCAAGGGCUAUCUGUCGUGCUGCUAGCUGGCUAGCACUGGACAUCUGGAACUGGAAAUUUUCCUCUGCCAUCAGCUAAACUUAUUUUAAAUGCACAAUAGACACUGAAGAAUUGGUUUCCCACCCCCUUUUUGGCAACUACAAGUCUUUUAAAAAUGUCAACAAGGACCCCACUGGUGCAAGUCAUUGAAAAUUCUAGCGGGCAGGAGACAAAGUCAUCUGGCCGCUCAAGCAUGCCGCGAUGUCGGAACUCCGUUGCCACCACCACAUCAGAUGACCAGCCACACAUUGGUAACUAUCGGUUGCUAAAAACCAUCGGCAAAGGCAACUUCGCCAAGGUCAAACUGGCACGACACGUCCUCACCGGAAAAGAGGUGGCUGUAAAGAUCAUUGAUAAGACACAGCUCAACUCCUCCAGUUUGCAGAAGCUCUUCCGGGAGGUGAGGAUCAUGAAGAUGUUGAAUCACCCCAACAUAGUCAAGCUCUUUGAGGUCAUAGAGACAGAGAAGACUUUGUACCUGGUAAUGGAGUACGCUAGUGGAGGAGAGGUCUUUGAUUACUUGGUGGCCCAUGGCAGGAUGAAAGAGAAAGAGGCCCGUGCCAAAUUCAGACAGAUUGUGUCAGCGGUGCAGUAUUGCCAUCAGAAGUGUAUAGUACACCGAGACCUCAAGGCGGAGAACCUGCUGCUGGACGCAGACAUGAACAUCAAGAUAGCCGACUUUGGCUUCAGUAAUGAGUUCACUCUGGGGAACAAGCUGGACACGUUCUGCGGCUCUCCGCCCUAUGCCGCCCCGGAGCUCUUCCAGGGAAAGAAGUAUGACGGGCCUGAGGUGGACGUCUGGAGCCUGGGGGUGAUCCUCUACACACUGGUCAGCGGCUCACUGCCCUUUGAUGGACAGAACCUCAAGGAACUUAGAGAGCGCGUGCUGCGUGGUAAAUACAGGAUUCCUUUCUACAUGUCCACCGACUGUGAGAACCUGCUCAAAAAGUUCCUCAUUCUGAACCCCUCCAAAAGAGGCAGCCUCGAGCAGAUAAUGAGGGACCGGUGGAUGAAUGUGGGCUAUGAGGAGGAAGAACUCAAACCCUACAUCGAACCAAUGCCAGAUUAUAAGGACCCCAGGAGGACAGACAUCAUGCUCACAAUGGGAUUCUCUCAAGAGGAGAUCCAGGACUCGCUGGUGAACCAGAAGUACAAUGAUGUGAUGGCUGCAUACCUGCUGCUCGACUAUAGGAACUCUGAGCUGGAUGAAGGUGGCAUCAAGCCCCGGCCAGGAAGUGAUGUAAGCAACAUAAAUGCCCCCUCCCCGCCUCACAAGGUACAGCGCAGUGUGUCGUCCAACCAGAAGCCUCAGAACCGCAGAGCCACCGACCAGGGCUCCUCCUACUCUAAGAGGGGGGGUCAAUCAGACAACCGGACUGCAGGGGAUGAUUCUGGGAGGAAAAGUUCAUCAGGCAGCUCCACUACCAAGGUGCCGGCCAGUCCUCUGGUCCCCUCUGACCGCAAGAAGAGCGCCACGCCCUCCACCAAUAGCAUCCUGUCCACUGGUACUGGUCGCAGUCGGAACUCUCCUCUGACUGAGAGAGCCACGCUGGGCCAGGGCAUCCAGAACGGCAAGGACAGCCUAAACACUCCGGGCUCCCGCGCCUCCACUGCCUCGGCCGCUGCCGUCCUCUCCUCCUCCUCCUCCUCCUCGCGUCCCCGCCACCACAAGUCCCUGUCCUCCUCCAAUCAUCCAUGCCCCUCUGACCUGCACGCACCACGGCCCAGUGCUCCACCUCAGCGGGCGCCUGGUGCCUCCCCAUCUGCCCACAACAUCAGCAGCGCUGCCGUGUCAGACCGUACCAACUUCUCCCGAGGGGUGGGCAUCCGCAGCACAUUCCACGCAGGCCAGCAGCGAGGUGCCCGGGACCAGCAGGGCUCCGCCUACCCCGGCGGGCCCGCGUCCCCAUCACUGUCACAUGGCAACAGCCAGGCCCGGAGGACACAUGGCGCCACAGGGAUUUUCAGCAAGUUCACAUCCAAAUUUGUACGCAGAAAUCUCUCGUUCAGGUUUCCGAGAAGGAGUCCGUAUGAGGGAGAGGGUCGGGAUGAGGGGAGCAGGUCUAUGCUGAGCAGUACAGUGGACAAGUCAGAGAAGACGUCUGGUGGUGUUCUCUCUUCUUCUUCCAACAAUGAUGAGAACAACUCCUCACCAGGAUCUGGUAACACUGGUGGCACCGGCACCCCUCCAGCCAUCGGCAGCCAGAAGGACUCCGCCAAGCCGCGCUCGCUUCGCUUCACCUGGUCCAUGAAGACCACCUCGUCCAUGGAGCCCAUGGAGAUGAUGCGCGAGAUCCGCAAGGUGCUCGACUCCAACAGCUGCGAGUACGAGCUGCGCGAGCGCUACAUGCUGCUGUGCGUGUCGGGCAACCCGGCACGCGACGACUUCGUCCAGUGGGAGAUGGAGGUGUGCAAGCUGCCGCGACUCUCCCUCAAUGGCGUGCGCUUCAAACGGAUCUCAGGCACGUCCAUCGCCUUCAAGAACAUUGCCUCAAAGAUUGCCAACGAGCUCAAACUGUGAGUGCGGAGGAGCAGCGAGGAGAGAUGAGAUUAAAGGGUGGAGGAGGAGGUGGGAGGGUGAUAGUGAGGAUGAAGAUGAUGCUGUAAGCAGGGUGGAGGUCAGGAGGUAAGCUAAAGGGCGGGAUCACUUUAAAAAUAACAUGAUUGUUAUCUGGACAAAGGUCUGAAGUAGGGCUAUUGGUUCUCUGAGACUAGAAAACGUUUCUUUUCUAGAAGUUUUGUUCCUUAAGUUCACAAGGCCCUGCCAUUAGAAACUCCGAGCUAAUUGGCUCUGAGUUGUGAAGUACUUAUAGACCGAGGUCUUCUCUCUUCCCUGCUGGGGUUUUUUUUGUCACGUUCUACUUAGACGUUCCACUCUUCUGCAUGUCCGAUCUGCUCUCUCUGUUUUUUAGUAGUCACACUUUGACCACUCCUGUCACUUCUUCCUGCUAUUUAUUCAGUUUUUCUGCACGGUUCUGCUGCCAGGUCUUUUUGGGUAGGAGGGAAACCAGGUAAAAAUGGGGGGUUGGACAGAGGACAAAGAGUGUGGAGGAAUUCCUGAAAAAAACUGUCUGAAUCCGGAACAAGUGGUGAUGAUUGACAGAAAGUUCGGAGCCUUAUUUUGCUGAAAAAGGAGUUUUGAUUGAAUUUGUUGUGAUUCUCCUCCAAAACUGAAUGGACUCCAACUGAGCCAGGUCUUUGAUUGCUGAAGCCCAAUAUCUCUCCAUCUCUCACACUCACUAACACACUCACACACAUCCAUACAUGCACACGCACACACACACACGCACACGCACGCACGCACACACACACACACACACACACACACACACACACACACACAGAUGGACUUUAGUUGGAAGAACCCUCUGCUGGGUUAAAGGACCUUCUCCACCCUCCAGCUGUCCACCCAAACCUCCCCUCCCGGCCCAAAAAUGAACUUUUAAAAAUCCACCUGAUCCAUCCUUCACCACCUCCCUCUUCCACUCACACACACACACACACACACACACACACUCUCCCUCUUAUUUCAACCUGAACUCAGCACAAACACAUCCAUCUUUUCACCUCUUCACUCCCUUUUUUUCUUCCUCAUUUUUGAUUUCUCUCAUCAGUCCCGAUGAAUUCAAUUAGACUUGAUGACGAUUGUACUGGCUUCAAGAUGGCUUCAAGUCCGUACUUUAUGAAUUUUUUUUAUUUAGUUUCUUCUUUUAUGGCUUUUAAAAAGAGUUGUGCACUGGAAAAGAGGGGCAUAUGGGAAACUGGGGAGGGAAGAACAGUUCGAGGACGGGGUCAUUGAUGGAUUUUAUGUUGCCUUUCUUUGUAGAGUUUAAAUUUGGGGGUUUGUUUUUGUUGUCAGCACAUAAAUGCUCGAAUGAUUUAUUUGUAUUUUUUUUCUUUUUUAAUGUUGGUAUCACUUUGGUUGGCAUCACGCCUUCAUAUCCAGAAUGUCAACCCUGAACCGACACAUUUCUUGUCUCCGUUUCUUCCCUCACAUCACCUCAUGCGCUCUCUGCUACACGUGUUCCCAAAGAGCAAACACACAAAAAAGGUGUCUUUGGAGUAUGUAAUUAACAGUAUGUGUGUGUGUGAGUGUAUUAUAAAAGAUCACUGGAGAAAAAAAACAAAACAAAAAAGAAUCGAUGACGAAUGGUGAAUUAUUUUCUUCUUUUGAUUUGAUAAUAUAUUUUUGUGUCGUUGAAAAUUUUGGGUUUGUACAGAUUCAGAGGGGGGGUGGACGGGGUGUGAAGGGUCACGUCGGAUCAUAUCAUUGCUGCCUUUUUCAGUGUAGUGCACCUUUUAACACACACAUUUAACACAGCUCAUAGUGUAUCGCAUUAAACACAACCCCCCCCUCCAAGUGCAGACAGCAGUUAUCGGUGUAUUUAAUGAUGAUGUUGAUGGUGGUGGUGACGAC